CAGCAGCCGCUCUCCUGCUCGCUCUCUCCCUGGUUCUCUGAGGUGGUGUGGGGCGCGUAGCCCCCCGGGCCGGGUGAGGCGCGGGCGGCAGGAUGCGGCGGCGGCCGUGGCGGGGUCGCGGUCCGGGCGGACGGGCGCGGUGAUGAGCGUCGGCAGCCGCCGCCAUGUCCAAGGUAACGGCGCCCGGGCCCGGGCCGCCGGUGGCGGCGGGCGGGAAGGAGAAGCGCUCGUUCAGCAAGCGGCUGUUCCGGAGCGGCCGCGCGGGGGGCGGCGGCGGCGGCAGCGGCGGCGGCGCUGGCGCUGGGGGCCCCGGGCCGGCCGCGCCCUCGUCGCCGUCGUCGGCGCGCUCGGUGGGCAGCUUCAUGAGCCGCGUCCUCAAGACGCUGUCCACGCUCUCGCACCUCAGCUCCGAGGGCGCCGCCCCGGACCGCAGCGGCCUCCGCAGCUGCUUCCCGCCCGGGCCGGCCUCCGCGCCCACGCCGCCGCCGCCGUCGUGCCCGCCGCCGCCCGCCUCGCCCGCGCCGCCCGCCUGCGCCUCGGAGCCGGUGCCCGGCGUGGCGGGGCUCCGCAACCACGGCAACACGUGCUUCAUGAACGCCACGCUGCAGUGCCUCAGCAACACCGAGCUCUUCGCCGAGUACCUGGCGCUGGGCCAGUACCGGGCGGGCCGGCCGGAGCCCUCGCCUGAGCCCGAGCAGCCGCCGGGCCGCGGCCCGCACGGCCAGGGCGAGGUCACCGAGCAGCUGGCGCACCUGGUGCGGGCGCUCUGGACGCUCGAGUACACCCCGCAGCACAGCCGGGACUUCAAGAGUAUUGUGUCAAAGAAUGCUCUGCAGUAUCGAGGAAAUUCCCAACAUGAUGCCCAGGAGUUUCUGCUGUGGCUUUUGGAUCGAGUUCAUGAAGACCUUAAUCAUGCUGUAAAGCAGAGUGGCCAGCCUCCUUUGAAGCCACCAUCAGAGACUGAUAUGAUGCCUGAGGGACCAUCUUUUCCUGUGUGUAGCACUUUUGUACAAGAACUUUUUCAAGCCCAGUACAGAUCUUCUUUGACCUGCCCUCAUUGUCAGAAACAGAGCAACACUUUUGACCCUUUCCUGUGUAUUUCUUUGCCAAUUCCUCUACCACAUACAAGGCCUCUCUAUGUCACUGUAGUGUAUCAAGGGAAGUGUUCCCACUGCAUGAGGAUUGGUGUGGCUGUGCCUCUGUCUGGGACUGUUGCCAGACUUCGGGAAGCUGUGUCCAUGGAGACAAAGAUCCCCACUGAUCAGAUUGUGUUAACGGAAAUGUACUAUGAUGGGUUCCAUCGUUCCUUUAGUGACACAGAUGACCUGGAGACGGUUCAUGAAAGUGAUUGCAUUUUUGCCUUUGAGACUCCAGAAAUAUUUAGGCCUGAAGGAAUUCUCAGUCAAAGAGGCAUUCACUUAAACAACAAUCUAAACCACUUGAAAUUCGGCUUGGAUCAUCGUAGACUGUCUUCCCCACCACCAUCAGCAGCAGCAAAACAAGGGAAAGUGGACUUGCCCACCAGAGUGGCAAGCGACAAGAUUGUUCUGCUUGUGUGUAACCGGGCCUGCACUGGGCAGCAAGGGAAAAGAUUUGGACUGCCUUUCGUCCUGCACCUAGAGAAGACAGUAGCAUGGGACCUUCUGCAGAAGGAGAUCCUGGAGAAGAUGAAGUAUUUCUUGAGGCCUACUGUUAGCAUCCAGGUGUGUCCGUUCAGUUUGCGUGUGGUCAGUGUCGUGGGAAUAACUUACUUGCUGCCUCAGGAAGAACAUCCCUUGUGCCACCCAACAGUAGAAAGGGCAUUAAAAUCCUGUGGACCAGGUGGUACAGCUCAUGUGAAACUGGUAGUAGAAUGGGACAAGGAGACAAAAGAUUUCUUGUUUGUAAACACUGAAGAUGAGUAUAUCCCUGAUGCAGAAAGUGUCCGUCUGCAGAAGGAGCAGCAUCAUCAGCCACAAACUUGCACUUUAUCUCAGUGUUUCCAACUCUACACCAAAGAGGAACGGCUUGCUCCCGAUGAUGCCUGGCGGUGCCCACACUGCAAGCAGCUGCAGCAGGGGAGCAUCACAUUAAGCCUGUGGACUCUGCCUGACGUGCUUAUUAUACACCUCAAGAGAUUCCGCCAGGAAGGAGACAGGCGUAUGAAACUUCAGAACAUGGUCAAAUUCCCCUUGACUGGCCUGGACAUGACACCUCAUGUGGUUAAGAGAAGCCAGAGCAGCUGGAGCUUGCCAUCUCAUUGGUCCCCAUGGAGACGGCCCUAUGGACUCGGGAGGGACCCUGAGGACUACAUCUAUGAUCUGUAUGCUGUGUGCAAUCAUCACGGCACCAUGCAAGGGGGGCACUACACAGCGUACUGUAAGAACUCCGUGGAUGGUCUCUGGUAUUGCUUCGAUGACAGCGAUGUACAACAGCUGUCGGAAGAUGAGGUGUGCACACAGACAGCUUACAUCCUUUUCUACCAGAGACGGACAGCCAUCCCAUCAUGGUCAGCCAAUAGCUCAGUGGCAGGUUCUACAAGUUCUUCUCUGUGUGAGCACUGGGUGAGCCGGCUCCCAGGGAGCAAGCAAACCAGCGUGACCUCUGCAGCCUCCUCGAGACGCACCUCUCUGGCCUCACUCUCUGAGUCUGUGGAGAUGACAGGGGAGAGGAGUGAAGAUGAUGGAGGCUUUUCUACUCGACCAUUUGUGAGAAGUGUGCAACGUCAAAGCUUGUCAUCCAGAUCUUCUGUCACCAGCCCCUUGGCCGUCAAUGAAAACUGCAUGAGGCCCUCUUGGUCCCUGUCUGCCAAGCUGCAGAUGCGCUCCAGUUCUCCUUCCCGCUUCUCAGGGGACUCCCCUAUCCAUGGAUCUGCCUCCACCCUCGAACGAAUUGGGGAGGCAGGUGAUGACAAAGUCUCUAUUUCUUGCUUUGGUAGUCUGCGGAACCUUUCUGGUAGCCACCAGGAAUCAAGUGACAGUCACAACAGACGAGAGCACAAGACUGUGGGCCGGGCCCCACUGGCUGUCAUGGAAGGUGUGUUCAAAGAUGAGUCAGAAUCUCGAAAAUUGAACUCCAGUGUUGUAGACACACCAAGCAAAAUCCGAGCACAAGGGGAUUGCUUGCCCCCCAUCUCUGAUCCUUUUGACAAUAAUAACCAGAUUGCUUAUGUGGACCAGAGUGACUCUGUUGACAGCUCUCCCGUCAAAGAGGUGAAACCUCCAAGCUACUCAGACCCUCUCACAAAGAAACCAGAGAGCACACCCAAGAGAUCCCCUAGUUCCAAAGGCACUGCUGAGCCAGAAAAGAACAUGCGGAAGGGGAGGCCAGCCUUGGCCAGCCAGGAAUCUUCUCUUUCUAGUCCAUCCCCUUCCUCUCCUGUACCUGUGAAGGUUUCCAUGAAACCUGCCCGCUGUCGGAACAAAGCAGAUUCUUCCAGGACCAGUGGAAGGCAUUCGUCCCCUGCCUCUACCCAACCCAGAAAAGAAUCAUCUCCCAGGUCCCAGGAGCCUGUGUCAUCUCCUUCACCACAGAAGCAAAAGUCUGCUUCUGCCUUCACUUACUCCUCCUCUUCCAUAUCUGCCAAAAAAGCCCCAGGCCCUGCCACCAGGGGCUCCUUUCCUUCUGGAAAGAGCAGGACUUCUGACCGGAGCUUGAGUAGAGAGGGUUCCAGACAAAGCUUAGGUUCGGACAGAGCAAGCAUCACCUCCACCUCCACCUCUAAACCCAACUCCCCUCGGGUGAAUCAGGCCAGAGCAGGGGAUAGCAGAUUUGAUGGCAAACAUGUCCGGAGCUCCUCCAUGGCCAGCUUGCGCUCACCCAGCACAAGUGUGCGCUCUGGUUUGAAGAGAGACAGCAAGUCUGAGGACAAGGGACUGUCCUUCUUUAAGUCAGCCUUGAGACAGAAAGAAACCCGGCGGUCAACUGAUCUGGGCAAGACAACCUUGCUGUCCAAAAAGGCUGGCGGGAGCUCUGCCAAGUCAGUCAGUAAGAACAGCACAGAUGACAAGACAGAGAAAGGCCGUCAGUCACCAGGCUCACAGCAGCCAAACACAAAUGCAGUUGGGAAGGAACAGCUUGUCUCCAAGGACCCUGCUUCUGCUAAACAUUCCUUGCUAUCUGCUCGCAGAUCCAAGUCUUCCCAGCUAGAUUCUGGAGUUCCCUUGUCUCCCAGUAGCAGGCCAACCACUGAGAAAGGCUCCAAAAAGCUGUCUUCUAGCAUGCAAACCUCUGCACGGCCUUCUCAAAAACCUCAGUGAUCUUCUGCAAUCGGGUGUUUUAUCUGUACAGAUGUCUUAUUUAUUUAGAACCCCUCCCUUCCCACCAAAGCCCUUUGUGCUUUUAUUUUGUAUUUUUUGGGUCAUGUGCCUGACUGUGAGAGUAUGAGUGUGUGUGUGGGAUUAAAAGUGUCGCCUUAUUCUGCCAUUGAACCAAAUAACAGCCAUAGGCAAAGCGUUGAUACCAAGCUAACUGGGAUAAUUAUAGAAAAUAAUCUGAAUAGUCCCCUUAGCAAUUGUACCUAUGUCUUUCUAGAGAACCCUGAUGACUUUUGGUGGACACUAGGGUUUGGAAACCUGUGAGCCAAUUAAGCUAUCAGUGUGUAGUUAGAUGAACCGCUUGUCUUGGGCUUUGUCCGAGCAGAAUUUAUCUUUAUGUGGAUUGUUGAGUGGCAUCAGGAGCUUAAAGAACAAACAAACAAACAAACAAAAAACUGAUGCUAACAUCAGAAUUAACUGAGGGAAAACUUGCUUUCUGCACUUUGGCCCCAUCUACCAGUCUUUGUAAGGGCAAUAUCUUAACACUAAUGUUUCUCAGGUAUAUAUACUCAGCUAGUCUCAGAUGGAUGUACAUUACUAAUAAAUGGGAAGAGGAAGGUGAUGUGUGGGGUGGUGACUGUCCUUUCUCCUACUGCCACAGGUAGAGGUUUUACAGGUAGGCAUAAAGCAUUUGCUACCUUCAUACCUGCAGUGAUGUCCUGUCUUGACUCCUUGGAUAUGUUCUAGGAUCUGACAAUGUUUGAAUAGUCAGAAAGCCAGUCACUAAUUAUUUUUUUUUCAUUCUAAAUUUGCUAGCUUAAGGCCACUGGAGGUUUGAAAUAUAGGAGAAAAGUUAAUGCCUUUGAAAGAUUCCCAGUACAAUUUUUAUUCCCAGCUGGAAGGCUGAGUUGAUACCAUUUUCCUUCCCUGACGUAGCUUGUUCUGUUAGAAGCUGAGGAUCUCAUACUGCCCCUUGUGUGCAUGCUUACUGCCUUGUCUUGCUGCUUGGAAAAGAUAGAAGAUGCCUCCUGCCAAGAGCCACUGAUGGUAUGCUGCCGUGACGUGAGACAAAGCAUUGCACAUGCACUUUGGAUCCUGCCUGUCAGUCGUCCUUUUGACUGCUUUUCAGUAACUCAUUUAUGUCUACUCUGUUCUGAAGAGUUAACUCAUGCCUAGAACUCAGAAGCUGAGUCUGGCAUAUGUUCCCUCUGGCAUGUAGUUGCAAACUGCAUUCUUAUAUACAAAAAGGGGAACCUCACUGAAUUCUCACAGAUAGAGAAAACCUCUUGGAAAUACUUUGCAGCCCAGUUUUUUAGUAUCCUUUUUAUUUAUUUAUUUUUUUAAUAUUGAGAGAAUCAUGGAUUUGAUUCUCAGAGUAUCAUUUGUCAUUUUGUCAUUAAAUAUAGCAUGUUGAGCUUAUAUGUUCUUAAAUUCUAAGGCUUAUGGUUCCCAGGUCUUCCUUUUUAGUAUUUCUGUGAAAUGACUGCAGUGCAUAUGUGCGUGCAGUUUUGAUUUCUGCACUGUCCUUUUGUUCUUUUUCUGUUUUUAGAAAUACCUCUUGGGAAGUAUUUCUAGUAAGUUACUUAAGUUUAUUUUGCUGCUAAUAUGGAUGUUUGCUGGUAGAUUGCAGGUUGAGGGUGGCAAGGAUUUUCAGCUCUUGUGGUAUCUGAGGCUUAAUUAUUCAGCCUUUUGCACAUUACCACAGUGCUGUCCACACAAUCCAGUGAGAGUGAGCCAGUACCCACUGCACUCAGUCCUGUACUGGCUGCUUGUGUGCACACCUUGUGGCUUCCCAAAGCAUUUUGGCUCUCUGCUCUGCCGUGGUGUAAACUGAGGUGACAGCUGCCUUGCAUGUCGUCAUUGCUCAGUGGCACAAGGUGAGCCCCAUCAGUAUUUAGCUACCGAUCUUGUUUUCUUGUCUUGUCUUUAUUUUCUGAAAAAGCACCAAACGCAAGACCAUCAGUAUCAGGAACUGAGCAUUUAUGUGAUUUGAACCUCUGAAGCAGUUUUAGAAUUAUAGUGUGAUAAGAAAAGAUUUUAAUAACAAUCUGUUUGGCCAUAAUUAAGAUGAAUAGAGACUUUCACAGUACUAUAUAGUUUUAUUCUUGAACGCAGUAGAAAUGGUUCCUCCUUCUCCUGUGUAUUAGGUUUUCUUUAAAAACAAACAAACAAAACCCCAGAAAAAAAUCCUCUACAAGUAUAUUUACUUUUCCAUGGGAUUUAGAAAUACAAUUUCUAUAAUAUAAUAAAAUCUAAAAGCUACAUGCGUAUGGACUUUAAUCCUUAUUUCAUAUUUAAUUAAAUAGGAAAAAUAUCCAGAAGUAUCAUAGCACUGUCAAGCCUGUGAAGCUGUUAUGCUGGUGGGGUUGGUUAGCAGUGAGGUGUAAUUCCUUACUGCUGGGAUGCCUGUAGGACACAGAAAAGGCUGCUCCGAAGGUGCUCUCUGAAGUGAAAUAUCUUAUGAGAAUAUUAUCACUUGUCUCAUUCAACUCUGUGGCAGGGUUAAGGAGUUGGUUUUUAAAAUCUUUUUCCCAGGGAUUUAAACACAGUGAACAUGUGUCUUUUGGGGUCAAAAUCACCUGCUGGGAUGGUAGGCCUGAGUUUCUGCUUAUCAACCCACUGGUCUUGGUUAGGGCAGUCAUUCCCAGGGCCCACGGCACCAACCAACAGUGUGAUUAAUGAAUUGGUAAUGUUUUUUUUGUUG